AUGAAGCAAUUUGAUACAACUGUGAUGGAACACGCCUUCCAAACACAGUCCUCCUGGGAUGCAAGCACAAGUGCAAGGCAAAGACCAAUGGAGACAAACAGAGAAGAACAAGGCUAUGCAGUCUCCAAAAAUAAAGGAAAUGGUAAACCAUUUUCUCCAAUAAAAUGUUUUUAUUGUGACAAGUUAGGACAUACUAUUAAAUUUUGUAGAAAAAGGUUAGCAGAAGAAAAUAAAACAUCUAAUUUUAUGCAUAAGGAGGACAGUCACAAUGAUGAUACAAUGUUCAUGAUGCUUAGCAUACAAGAACCCAAUCUUAGGAACCUUUGGUAUUUGGAAAGUGGUUGUAGUAAUCACAUGAUAGGAAAUAGAGAAUUGUUCCUGAAUUUAGAAGAAUCAGAAAAAAAGGAUGUCAAAAUAGGAGAUGAUAAGAAAUUGAGUGUACAUGGGAGUGGAGAUAUAGCUAUUAAGAUCAAUGACAAAGACAAGAAGAUAUCAAAUGUUUUUUUCGUGCCUGGUCUUAAACACAAUCUGUUAGGCGUAGGACAAGUCAUUCAAAAAGGUUAUGGCUUACAAUUUAAGGAUAGAUUGUGUGAGAUUACAGAUUCAAAUAAUUUCGUAAUUAGAAGAGUUGCCAUGACCACCAACAUGAUGUUUCCUAUUAAAUUUAAUGAUGAUACCUUCUUCUCCUUAUCUGUCAGCACCAAAGAAAUCUGUUUAUUAUGGCAUAAAAGGUUUGGACAUGUGAAUCUCAAUACCUUGUCCCACAUGCACAAGAAUGAUUUUGUGAAAGGAUUACCAUUUGUUGCUCCUCUUUCUCAAAUAUGUGAGGGUUGUGCUCUUGGUAAACAGUCCAGGGAAUCAUUUCCUGAUGAUAAGGCAUGA